AUGGUGCAAUACGUCCUCACGCCGUGGCGGGAACGAAAGGAACUCCUCCUCGUACGGGAUCAGUUCUACGCGACUGACCAAGGCAGCAGCACAUCAGCAGCAGAUGCACCCGACUCCGACAAUGUAGCUGAGCGGCAGAGACUGGCCGUGGCUCGCGUGUCCAUGUGGAUGCAGCGCGGGAACUGUCCCCAUCUGGUGGAGUCGACGGCUUUAUUGACGGCAGCGGUGUUGAGCGAUGGGGGCAGUGACGGGGGGAUGUAUGCUGUGAGGGCGGCCUAUUCUGCUGCCUUUAGUCGUUUCGUAACCGGCCUCCUAGACAGCCACCAGGACAAACAGCGCAAACAAAGCAUGUACUCCAUCGCAAAGACAAUCGGCCUCCCCGCCACGUUUGUCGAGCUGCGUCACCAAGCUACCCACGAGCAGCUGCCGUCGCUCGCGAAGCUGCGGGCCGCGGCGCAAAAAGCCCUCGUCUGGAUAUGGGAGUACUACUGGCGGGAUUUGGGGGGCGACGCGUGCAGGGAGACGGUGCUGGAGUAUCUGCGUGGUGAGGGGGACGAUGCGCAGAGGGAGAGGGCGAUGAGGAGGCUGGAUGGGUUUGAGAGGGGGAGGGUGUUGCGCGUGAUUGAGGCGUUGCAGGGGGAGUUGCCUGGGAAUCAGGUCUAUUUGAGGUGUUUGAAGCUGUCGAAGGAGGUGAUGAUGAGGGUUGAUAAGGGGGAGGAAGAGGAGGGUGAGGGUGAGGGUGAGGGUGAGGGUGAGAUGUGCUUCAAGUACAACACUCGCAACAUGCAUAUCCAGUCGAUUCCCAUGUGGGUUGGGAGUAGCAACAACUACGCCUACCUCGUCGUUGAUGACAAAUCCAAGGAUGCCGUGAUUAUCGACCCUGCCAACCCGCCAGAGGUUGCGCCGAUUCUCAAAGACGCCAUAUCGUCGGGCAAAAUCAACUUGACUGCCAUUGUAAACACACAUCACCACUGGGACCAUGCAGGCGGUAACAAGAAGCUGCUCGCCGAGCUGGGCACACCAGAUCUGACGAUUAUCGGCGGCAAAAACUGCGAAGGCGUAACCAAGACGCCCGCCCAUGAAGAAACCUUCAAGCUGGGAAACAUCCAGGUCAAAGGAGUGCACACGCCGUGCCAUACACAGGACAGUAUCUGCUUCUACAUGGAGGACGAUACCGGCAGGGCAGUAUUCACAGGCGACACGCUCUUUAUCAGUGGAUGCGGCAAGUUCUUUGAAGGCAACGCCGCUGAGAUGCACGAGGCGCUGAACAAGAGACUCGGUUCACUGCCCAACGACACAAUCGUUUAUCCUGGCCACGAGUACACAAAGUCCAACGUCAAGUUUGCGAUUUCCGUGCUGCAAAGCGAUCCGGUCAAGAAGCUGCAAGCCUUUGCGGACACCAACCAGGUGACCACUGGCAAAUUCACGAUUGGCGACGAGAAGCAACACAACGUAUUCAUGCGCGUCGAUGAUCCCGUCGUCCAAAAGGCCACAGGGGCAACCGAUCCCGUAGACGUGAUGGGCAAACUGCGCGAGAUGAAGAACAACUUCAAGUGA